AUGUCUGCCUCGAUCACCACAGAUGUCAGCAACUAUGGGGCUCGGGGAUACGGCGACCUAAGCCAUAAGAUGAAAGCUUUGACCUGGCAAGGGAAGAAUUCGGUUAAAGUUGUGGAGACGGCUCGCCCGAAGAUCAUCGAUGAAGGCGAUGUCAUACUUAAGGUGACGGGCAGCACUAUUUGUGGGAGUGACUUACACCUGUUCCACGAGGCCAUCCCAGAUCUCCAGAGAGGUGAUAUUCUCGGCCACGAGUUCUGCGGUCUUAUCGCAAGCGUGGGGCCGGCAGUAAAUAAGGUUAAAGUAGGUGAUCGCGUUGUGGCGUCGUUCCAAAUUGCCUGUGGGGAGUGUUAUUAUUGCAACAAGAAGUUGUCCUCAAUGUGCGAGCGGACGAAUUCGAGCGAGGCUGCCUGUAAGCUAUAUGGGCGUCGCACAGCCGGCAUGUUUGGCUACUCCCACUUUACGGGGGGUUUUGCCGGUGGACAAGCGGAAUAUGUUCGUGUCCCAUACGGUGAUAUAAACCUCCUUCAGCUGCCUAACGACGUCCCCGAUGAAAAAGGUCUUUACCUUUCUGAUGUGCUAGCAACAUCUUGGAACGCUGUUGUUGACACUAGGGUUGAGGAGGGUGACACUGUGGCAAUUUGGGGAGCUGGCCCAGUUGGACAAAUGACAGCUGAAUUUAGCUUCUUUAAUGGUGCUAAUAGGGUAAUCCUUAUUGACGGCGGCCAUGGAAAAUGGCGACUAGACUUUGUCAAGAAGAUUCUACCGAAGCUCGAGACAAUUGAGUAUACGAAUCUCCCAAAGGGCGAGUCUGUUACCUCAACUCUGAAGAAAAUGUGUGACGGCCGCGGACCUGAUGUGGCAAUUGAAUGCGCCGCAGGCGAGUAUACGAAAGGAUGGGCUCAUUACUUCGAAAGAUUACUAGGUAUGGAAACGGAUACAUCUGAACUCCUUAACGAGAUGAUUACCUCUGUCCGUGGGUUCGGGCGUUGUGGUGUUACGGGCGUAUAUACCGGUUAUUGCAAUCAUUUUAACAUCGGUUCUUUAAUGGAGACCGGGAUCCAUCUCGCGGGCAAUGGACAAGCUCCUGUGCAAAAAUACUGGAAUGACCUCUUGAAGUAUAUUCGGCAGGAGCAAAUCCACCCCCUGCAUAUGGUCACUCACCGGUUUAAGCUCGAGGACAUGGAGACGGUCUACGAUUUAUUCAACAAGCGUGACCCGGGUAUACAGAAGGUUUUCGUCCAGACAAAGUUUUCGGCGCCUCCAACACCAGGAGCUCCUACGUUAACAGAACUCUGA